AUGAUUGGCGUUUGCUCAUUGCUGCGUCGAGAAUUCGCGUCGACUGACCAGAGUCCGCGAAUUUUUCUUGUCAUCAUCAAAGUAAAGCAAUUAUUUGCCGAUCGUAGUUUAAACGUUACUACUCGAUUUCUCUCUUUGCCAUACACGAUGUCUCAAACUCUAACUUUUGGUGACUCAUGUGCCCCAAUAACGUGUCAUGCUUGGAAUAAGGAUAGGACUCAAAUAGCUUUUUCACCCAACAACAAUGAAGUGCAUAUUUACCAAAAAGAUGGUAAUGACUGGAAGCAGACUAAUAAUCUAGUUGAGCAUGACCUAAGGGUUAUGGGCAUUGAUUGGGCUCCCAACACAAACAGGAUUGUCACCUGCUCUGUCGACCGUAAUGCCUAUGUCUGGACUCAGGGAGAGGAUGGUAAGUGGACUACCACUCUUGUCCUGUUAAGGAUCAACCGAGCGGCUACCUGCGUUAAAUGGUCACCGAUGGAGAACAAGUUUGCCGUUGGCUCCGGUGCCCGUUUGAUCUCAAUAUGUUACUUUGAAAAGGAGAACAACUGGUGGGUGUCCAAGCACAUAAAGAAGCCCAUCCGCUCGACCGUCACCACUUUGGAUUGGCAUCCCAACAAUAUACUCCUUGUGGCCGGAUCUGCCGAUUUCAAGGUCAGGGUGUUUUCGGCUUACAUCAAAGAUAUUGAAGAUCAGCCUGGUCCAAAUGUUUGGGGAUCCAAGCUUCCUUUGGGACAGUUACUGGCCGAGUUCCCUAAUUCGACGUCCGGUGGCGGUUGGGUGCACAGCGUUUCCUUCUCGGCGGACGGAAAUAAAGUCGCCUGGGUCGGACACGACAGCUCUAUAAACGUUGCUGAUGCGACCCAAGGCAAGGCGGUGAUAAAACUUAAGACUGAAUACCUGCCGUUCUUAGGGUGCAAUUGGAUUUCUAACAACUCCCUCUUAGUGGCAGGGCACAGUUGCAUUCCAUUGCUUUACUGUCAUGACGGCGGUGAAUUGCAUUUCGUUGCCAAAUUGGACAACACGCAAAGGAAAGAGUCUGGAGGGUUGUCCGCAAUGAAAAAGUUCCAAUCGCUCGAUCGCCAGGCGCGCAUCGAGACUAGCGACACCUAUUUGGAUUCCAUUCAUCAGAACGCAAUUACAUGCAUCAGCCUCUAUAAAGGCACCAAAGCUAACGCCAAGAAGUUCAGCACCUCUGGCCUGGACGGACAAUUGGUGAUUUGGGACUUGGAUUCUCUGGAGAAGUCUAUCGAAGGGCUCAAAAUAGCU